AUAGUACGUCUUCCUCUACCCAAAUCUAUGAGGAAUAUAAAACACCAAAUACACAUGCUAACACACACAACGAAACAAAUUCUCUGAAUCUCUGCUUUUUUCAUUUGAUCUCUGAAUCUCAACUAUGAGCUGGUGGUGGUCUGGUGCUAUUGGUGCUGCCAAGAAGAAACUAGAUGAAGACGAAGCACCAAGAAGCUUCCAGAAUGUAGCUUUAGUGGUUGGCGUAACGGGCAUCGUCGGCAACAGUUUGGCCGAAAUUCUACCUUUAGCAGACACACCAGGCGGUAGAUGGAAGGUUUACGGCGUUGCCCGCCGUCCACGACCUUCUUGGAACGCAGAUCACCCUGUGGAAUACAUCCAAUGCGACAUCACCGAUCCAAACGACGCCACCACCAAACUCUCCGUCCUCACUGACGUUACCCAUGUCUUCUACGUCUGUUGGGCCAGCCGUCCCACCGAAGCUGAAAACUGUGAAAUCAACGGCACUAUGCUCAAAAACGCCCUCACUGCAGUCAUUCCAAACGCUCCCAAUCUCCGUCAUGUGUCAAUUCAAACCGGCGGUAAGCACUAUGUAGGACCCUUUGAAUCAUUCGGCAAGAUCAAGUACCAUGAACCACCAUACACAGAGGAUAUGCCGCGUUUGGAUUAUCAUAAUUUCUAUUAUACACUUGAAGAUGUUUUGUUUGAAGAAACAGGUAAGAAAGAAGGUGUGAGUUGGUCUGUUCAUAGGCCACUUCUCAUCUUUGGAUUUUCACCUUACAGUAUGAUGAAUAUCAUUGGAACUAUUUGUGUUUACGCUGCAAUUUGUAAGCAUGAGGGUGUUCCGUUGAGAUUUCCAGGGACUAAGUUAGCUUGGGAGAAUUACUACAUGGCUUCUGAUGCAGAUUUGAUUGCUGAACAACAUAUUUGGGCUGCAGUGGAUCCUUAUGCUAAGAAUGAAGCAUUCAAUUGUAGUAAUGGUGAUGUUUUUAGGUGGAAGCAAUUGUGGAAGGUUAUCGCGGAACAAUUUGGGAUUGAGGAGUAUGGGUUCGACGAGGAAGGUCCUCGUUUGAAGUUAACGGAGUUGAUGAAGGAUAAGGGUCCUGUUUGGGAUGAGAUUGUGAAGGAGAAUGGGUUGCAGGUAACGAAGCUGGAAGAAGUUGCUGAGUGGUGGUUUGCAGAUGCUUGUUUUGGAGGGAAUGGGUUUACAGAUAGCAUGAACAAAUCGAAAGAGCACGGAUUUUUGGGAUUCAGGAACACUAAGAAUUCGCUUAUCAAUUGGAUUGAUAGGACUAGAGCUUACAAGAUUGUGCCAUGAGUGAGUGAAAUCAAAUUUGAUUCAACUUAUUAUCGUUCUACUUUCAUCAGUUAGUUUGUUUUCUUUAUUUAUCAUCUAGAAUAAGUAAGAUUCGACGGAGAAUUGUGAUUUAAUAAAAUGAGAUUGUCUAUGUCUAUCAUUUAUGUUGUGAGUUCUGUUUUUUCUGCUGUACUAAUAAUGUUGUUGUACUAGGAGAUCAACUCUGUGUUUUUAUGAAUUUUUGACUCAGCUAUCCAGUUUCAUUACAUUAGAA